AUGACAUCAGGGCGAGUUGCUGAAAUGGCUGAUUCUAAACCCAAACGCCUCGCUCUGUGGACCACUGGGCGUUGCUUGUCUACUGCCAUGGUGAUGAGCUUUGGUAACUAUGGCAACGUGGAAGUCUUCAAUGAACUGUACGCAGGAGCUUUUACUUUCGGCCCAGACAGCACUGUUAAGAUGCCCGUACCGUUAAAAGUGGAUGACGAGAUGACGUAUGAUCAAGUCAAGACGUCCCUAGAGACCGAUUAUCCAACCAGAGAUCUUAUUUUCGUCAAGGACCACGCCAGUGCCGUAACGGGGCGGUACGACAAACUGCCGACCGGUUACACACACGCUUUCAUCAUCCGCAACCCGGAGAAGACCGUCAGCUCCGGCAAGCGACUCACGGAGCGCUCGGGGAUAACUGCGGAUCAGUACGUGCAGAUGGUCAAAUCGAUGGGAAUGACGGGCGGCGGAUUCGGAGACCUGGUCAAGUUGGCAGAGCAUCUUGAGUCUUGGCUGGGUAAACCUCCCGUGAUCUUAGAUGCAGAUGACCUCCAGCGUGACCCUGAGAAGAUGCUGCGUGCAUUCUGCAAGGCCCUGGACCUCCCGUUCCGAGAAUCUCUCCUCAAGUGGGAGCCCAUCACGGAGAUACCUUGGAACAACUCCAAGUCCAUGCUCGCCGUCCACAAGGCUAACGGGGCUUACGAAAACGCCCUCAAGAGUUCGGGGUGGAUCGUCACCGACCCCAAGCCCGUCAAUCUGAGUGGUCUGCCGCAGGUACUUCGUGAAUUAAUCGACGAGGCGCGGCCAUUCUACGAAAUCCUUCAUGGAAAGCGUGUGAAGCCAGAAAACUAGUUGACUUGGAUCUUGUUU